UUCCGUUGUUGUAGGCAGCUGCAGUUUGAAAUGGCUGCCACUAACAGCUGCAAGCUUUUUGGAUUUGAUUAUUGUCAAUGGCCGACGUCCGGCGCUCGCGCCAAAUUCGAUGUUCCUGUUUCUUCGCUGGGCUACUCGCAGCCGUCUGAUCCCAAAUUCGGUUGCCGCUGGAAAUCCUUGACCCUAAGCAGGGUGAGCACUUCUUGUAGAACAAAUAAGGCAUUGCGGCAAUGUUCUAUAGUGCCAAGGAUUGCUAGUCUGUUGGAAGAUGGUUAUGAAGAUUGUCGCCAAACCGAGCCGUCCUCUGAUUCUAAUGAUUCUCAACAAGAAGCAACCAUUGAUCUGAAGCUCCCGCGAAGAAGUUUGUUGGUAACUUUUACAUGUGAUGCUUGUGGCACACGGUCAGAGAGGCUAAUAAAUCGACUAGCCUACGAGCGUGGCCUUGUCUACGUACAGUGUUCAGGAUGCUCAAGGUAUCACAAACUAGUCGACAAUCUUGGGCUCGUGACGGAGUACAACCUUCGGGAGGACAUCGAAUUGGAUGCAGGUUUGAAUGAUGUCUAGAAAAAAAAACCCUUUUGCCAUCUAAUCUAAUGUUUC